UCGGCGUGAUUGACAGUUGGCAGACGACUGCGGACCGCGCAGGAUCUCCGCACGCGCUUCGGACACGGCAGCUCGGCGCACCAUCACCACCGAGAGAUCUGAGACCCCAUCCACCGACCCCAUGCCCGAGGGGGCCCCCAGCACCCACCACCGGCCCAGUGUACACGACAGUGCAGUGAACCGCAGUGAGUGUGUUAAAGUGCGCGCCUCAAGUGACUCUGAACGGUGCUAAGGUGCGACCACCCGGUGCAGUUCAUGGCUCAGCCACGGGUGUAAAAAAUUCUUAUUUGACCGAUUUUAAAGAAUAGUGCGAAACGAUUCGACAUGGAUGUCCUGCAGAAAAAUUAUGACGACGGCAUCCACCCUGGUUACAUGGACGGCGGCGCUGGGGCGGGUUUGUACGAACCCCACGUGGCUCACAGACCGGGGUUGCAAGGACUUCAUCAUUCACCCCACUUGAACCAUGCCAUGCAUCCGUACCAUGCGAACCAUGUCAACCCAGCCGCCAACCACGUCAUGGGUGGAGGGGUGCCGGACGUCGGCAAGAGAGACAAGGACGCCAUCUACGGACACCCGCUGUUCCCCCUGCUGGCUCUCAUCUUCGAAAAGUGCGAGCUGGCGACGUGUACCCCCCGAGAGCCUGGAGUAGCGGGAGGAGACGUCUGCUCCUCGGAGUCGUUCAACGAAGACAUCGCCGUCUUCUCCAAACAGAUCCGACAAGAAAAGCCCUAUUACAUAGCAGAUCCCGAGGUAGAUUCAUUAAUGGUCCAGGCCAUACAAGUACUUCGGUUUCACCUACUAGAACUGGAAAAGGUCCAUGAGUUAUGUGAUAAUUUCUGCCAUCGGUAUAUCAGUUGUCUAAAAGGCAAAAUGCCCAUCGACUUGGUGAUAGACGAGAGGGACGGAGGCAAACCACCCGAAUUGACGGGUUCCACGAACGGAGACGGCGGCACCAGGAGUAACGCGGAUUCGACGUCGCACACGGACGGCGCGAGUACGCCGGAUGUCAGGCCGCCAUCGUCGUCGUUAUCGUACGGGGGACCGGUGAAUGACGACGUGAGGUCGCCCGGAACACCUGGACCUCUAUCUCAAGCACCCGCAUCCCAGCAAAGUCUCGACGCCUCGGAUCCAGACGCCAUGGGCAAAUGGUGUCCGAGGCGAGAAUGGUCGUCGCCUCCAGACGCUCGGGCCGCCAACGACGCUGCGCGAAGAGGCGUCCUUUACUCCUCCGUCUUCCUCGGCAGUCCCGGUGAUGCCAGUAAUGCCAGUAUCGGGAGCGGGGAGGGCACAGGGGAAGAAGACGACGACACGAACGGGAAGAAGAAUCAAAAAAAGAGAGGCAUCUUCCCCAAAGUCGCCACCAAUAUACUCAGAGCGUGGCUCUUCCAACACCUUACGCAUCCCUACCCUUCGGAAGACCAGAAGAAACAGUUAGCACAAGAUACGGGUUUAACGAUACUGCAAGUCAACAACUGGUUCAUCAAUGCCAGGCGGAGAAUAGUUCAGCCCAUGAUCGAUCAGUCGAAUAGAGCAGUCUUUUCUCCGCACGCAGGACCUAGCGGAGCGUACAGUCCAGACGGUACCAUGGGAUACAUGAUGGACGGCCAGCAGAUGAUGCACCGGCCGCCGGGUGAUCCAGCCUUCCACAAUCAGUACGCGCACUAUCCCGCAGAGUACUACGGACACCACCUGUGAGAUCCCCCCUCGCUAGUGACAACGACAAUGGACAUAGAAAUAUGCGACUCUUAAAUGUGAUUAUUCUCUGUACAAAGUGUAAAUGUAGUGCCCCAGUGUUUAGUUAACGGGAAGGACUUGUACAAAAAGUAUUAGACUACUCGUGUGCUGACUGCUGUACAUAGAUAGUGGUAGGUGCGGGCCGACCCCGGAGCGGUGCCCGGACCGCGGUGUAUACUGAAGGGACAGCCGCAACCGUGUAAAGUGAUGUGGUCUCGUAGCUUAGGUUCCUCGAUGUGUUACCUUACAACACCCUCGUCCUAGUCCCCAUCCAGUCCAGAAACGAUCAGCCCGAUCCUCCUCCUUUUCUUCACUCUGUCCGCCGUCACGUUUCUUAAAAAAAAAAUCUUCAAAAAGUACGACGCGUACAAAAAAAUAAUCCAAGGUUGUGCUGUUGUAAAUUACUAGUUGUUAUAUCUGUUGUGAUUUUUUUGCUAUUUGAGGAAAACCCGAACUCUCCCUGUCCCGAUGAUGAUAUACGAUACGAUAUACGUAACUACUGAACCUAGAGAACAAAUCGUCGUGGAGGUGGCCAAAACGGACCCCUUCGCCCUACGACUAGAAUAAUAAUAUCAAUACACAAGUAUACAGAAUGUCGCAAAGUCACUCAGGUGGUCCAUGGCUGAAACCCAAAUUAUCGUACCACUGUUAUAGUUAUUUCAACAAUCACACACACGCAGAUUUCUGUUUCUUGUACCACUCUGAUGAUUUUGUUGUUCCGUCUUUAGUUACUCGCCAGGGACAAACGGAGGAGUGACCGGAUGAUUCCGGAGUGCCCGCACAAGCCUUGCCUGGUUAUUGUUAUUGUUGUUUUGUAAAAAGAAAGGCACUCUAGAAGAACCCAGUCAGUCCUCUCGCACGUUAAAGUUCUGCGACAAGGCGGAAUUCCGUUUCGUUUGAUUCAAAAUUAAAACAUCAUACCUUGUCCUGGACUACUUUCGGGGUCCGUGCGGCUUCGACCUGAACGCCGCCCCCAAUACACGACGUAUACGACUUUAGUGAUGUUAUAGGUUAUUAUUAUUAUAUGAAAUUAUGGCGUACACAAUGGCGGCGACGAGGCGGAGUUGCACGGCUCACACUCACCUAUUGUUUGAAACUUGUGUGUAUUCUUCGUUACCUUUGUUAGGGUCAGGGCGGGGGGCCAUACAAGUAUACCAAUUUUUACACUCCGAUUAUAGUUUUUGAUCUGAUGUACUCUCGAGUGUGUUGUACAUAUUUAAUGCCCGCGCCGACACGAUACGAUUCCCUCUGCCCCAGGCCCAAUCGUUUUUUGUAUAUACAAUUACCUCCGAUGAGAAUGUUGGCUGUUCGUUUUAAGUGAUUUCCAUCAUGAAUCAUUAUUCGCCUUAUCCAAUGUAUACGAAAAAAAAACUAAAAAUCAAUACAGAUCAAUGAGAGAAUAUCGUACCUCUGUGUUAUGUAUGAGAGGAAACUUUAUUGUGUUCUGCUUUUUAAUGAAAGUAUAUAUUAAUAUUAUAAACGAUUAUGGGACGAGAUACCUCUAAACUAAUUUGGUAACGCCGUGUCCUCUGUAUAGUGUUUUUUUGAAACGUGAGCAUUAAAUGCUACAUCUUGUGUACUUAUAUAAAA